CCAGAACAGAUAAAGUCUAAUUCUAUUGUGUUCCCUAUUCUACCAGGUCGAAGAUUUAUUAACGUUUAUCGCUUUGUUACUAAAAAAACAUUCAUGGAAGUGUUUGUUAAUGCCGGAAUCAUUUCAACCUAUAUUUUCGCUGCACUGAUUUCUUUGGUGAUCUGGAUUAGACUUUUACCUACUUCUUGAUGGCUUAUUUGGUCUCUGACACUUGGAGAUGUUUAAAGAGAUAAGUCAAGGAACCAGCAGAUGAGAAAUGGCAAAUCCCUGCUUAAUUAGUAGUACUACUUUGAACUUGAAUAUGUUAAUAGGGGGCAGCUUCUUUGUCAAAGGUCAAUCGAUAUAAGGUAGAGAACAAUACAAUAAUGAGAAGAAAACCCUGAAUGAAAACCUCUACUUGUUUAUUUGUUUAGCUUGACCAUAAAAACUAGACGAAUGUAGCAUGCAGAGCGAGUCUAGCCUCAAUCAACUUCGUAGAAAAAUCCCUUAAAUAACCCAAAGCAUCAUAAAAAUACCCGUUACCUACGUUACUCUUUAUAUUUGCCGGCUGAAUAUGAUUUGAUAAUCUUCCUCUGCCGUCCCUUCGGACAAUGCAUUUGGCUUCGUCGUAUAAUCUAACAGCAAACUGCAGAGAAUCACACGACGCUGACCGAAUAACAGAUUGAACGCUGCUUAGUGGUAGUAAGAUGAUAUGAAGUACAAGUUAGAUUGUGAUCCUCAGCAGAUUAGAAUAUAUAUUAACUGUCACCAGUUUUGAGCUCAUGUAUAUGCUUCAAAGAUAUCUCAACUUUGUGUCGAUGCAUCGAAUAGGAUCAUAAAUAGGCGGAUGAAACGAGGUUCUGUUGUUCCUUAGCGACUGUUGUUCUUGUCUUUUGUUGUUCAUCUCUUAUAUUACUUCCUUGUUUAGUUUUGUCUCUGAUUUUCAAGGUAUGGCUGAAUCUUCUUAUGAGAUGGACUAUUCAUCACACCGUCGACCACGCCACACCACGCCUGUUAGAUCUCACAUUCCGGCUUCAGGAAUGAGUUCUUUCUCCAGCUCGUACAAUUUUUCACACCUUUCUAAUGCACGAAGAUCCCGCCCUGUGGUGCCCCCAACUCCCUUUGCCUCUGACACUGACACGUCCUGGCAAGGGGAGCUUUCGUGGCAGUUUGAGUCCACAGGAUGGCGUGAUGGACGUAAUCUUGGUGCAGCACUCAGCCCGUGGACGGCCACUCCCAUGAGUCAGACCAGUCGGAUUUUCAAGCAGUCAGCCAAUGACUAUUACCUUUCCAGGACUACUAAUGCUUUCCAGAACUUGAGUCAUUCGAACUACGAGCAUUCUGGCUAUGGCACAGUGCCUUCUGGAAGGUUUGAGCUCCAGAGCUAUAUUGCCAGAGAUCCUGGAAUUAGCUCAUCGUUUGUUGGAGGUAUGGCUUCGACUUCUGGUCCUAGCAAUGAACGCAAAAAGUCCCGUGGAGCUUCAGGCGUGCCGAUUGUAGAAGGAAGGCCUCGAAAGCCUGUCUCUCAGGCUGAGAAGGAUAGCCUCAGUCUGAUCAGUUUUGAUGCUAUUCAAGAUGUGGAGCGGCAGAUAGUUCUUGAUCCUAAUAGCAACCUCGAUGAGCAUCAACGAUGGCUUUCUGUUUCACACGCUUACACACCUGAUCAUGAGGCUGUUCAUGGUCACCGUGAUCAUCAUCAAGAGUCAUUGCACAACCAUGGUGGCCAGAGACAUGGUAGCCACGGAAUAUCACAUGGUCAUGGUAGACAUAAUCAUAUGAGCAGUGGACCUUAUGAUAUCUCGAAAGAACAGGAUUAUGGAAACCAUGGUCACAAUGUUCAUGAUAGCAAGCAGUACUCAACCAGUCAUCAUUAUGGGCGUGGUGGUGACCAUGGCUACGAUGAUAAUGACAGGAAAUCUGCGUAUGAAGUUGAAGACGACGAUGAGGAUGAGGAUGAUGUUGGUCCGCCACGUUCAGUUGGGCUGUUUAGUUUAUUCAGAUUCUCAACAAACUUUGAUAUCUUACUUGUGAUAUUUGGGUGUGUGGGAGCCUUCAUUAAUGGAGGAUCUCUUCCUUGGUACUCUCUGCUUUUCGGGGAAUUUGUAAAUAAAAUUGCCAAGGACAGCAAAAACAACAAUCUUCACUUGAUGGACGACGUACAAAGAAUAUGUCUGCUUAUGAUGGGAUUAGCAGCGAUUGUGGUUGUUGGAGCAUACAUGGAAAUCACUUGUUGGAGAUUGGCUGGGGAGCGGUCUGCUCAUCGCAUUAGAACUGAGUAUCUGAGAGCCGUUUUAAGGCAAGAUAUCGCCUUCUUUGACACCGGAAUAAAUACAGGAGAUAUCAUGCACGGGAUCUCAAGCGAUGUUGCACAGAUACAAGAAGUGAUGGGGGAGAAGAUGGCACAUUUCAUUCAUCACGUAUUCACAUUUUUUUGUGGAUACGCUGUUGGUUUUAUCAAAUCAUGGAAGGUUUCGCUGGCUGUUCUUGCAGUCACCCCCUUGACUAUGUUCUGCGGAAUUGCCUAUAAAGCUGUUUAUGUUGGUCUGACAUCAAAAGAAGUGGCUACUUAUCGCGGUGCUGGUACAGUGGCGGAGCAAGCCAUAAGUUCGAUCAGAACAGUUUUUUCAUUUGUAGCAGAAGACAAACUAAGCGCGAAAUAUGCUGAAUUAUUGGAAAACUCUGUUCCAUUUGGGAAAAAGAUUGGAUUUGCCAAGGGUAUAGGAAUGGGAGUUAUAUACUUGGUUACUUAUGCAACAUGGGCACUGGCUUUCUGGUACGGCUCAAUCUUGGUUGCUAAGCAUGAGAUCACCGGAGGUGCAGCCAUAGCUUGCUUUUUUGGUGUCAAUGUAGGAGGAAGGGGGUUGGCAUUAUCAUUGUCAUAUUUUGCUCAAUUUGCUCAAGGAACUGUUGCAGCCAGUCGCGUAUUUGAAGUAAUAGAUAGAGUUCCAGAAAUUGAUCCAUACAGUCCUGAGGGUAGGAGGCUCUCAAGUACACGAGGAAAAAUUGAGUUUAGAGGUGUUAGUUUUGUGUAUCCAUCGCGUCCAAAUAUUCUUAUUCUUCGCAAUCUCAACCUGGUGAUUCCUCCUUCAAGAACUUUAGCACUAGUUGGUGCUAGCGGAGGUGGAAAGUCCACCGUUUUUGCUCUUAUUGAGAGGUUUUAUGAUCCAACUCAGGGUUUGAUCACCUUGGAUGGUCAUGAUAUGAAGACAUUGCAGGUCCAUUGGCUAAGAAGUCAGAUUGGGAUGGUGGGUCAGGAACCAGUUCUAUUCGCGACAACUAUACUAGAGAAUGUGAUGAUGGGAAGAGAAAAUGCCACUAAGAAAGAGGCUACUAAAGCUUGUGUAGCUGCCAACGCCCACAACUUCAUUUCCGCACUUCCAGAUGGCUAUGAUACGCAGGUUGGAGAUCGCGGAACUCAAAUGUCUGGAGGACAAAAACAGAGGAUUGCACUGGCUAGAGCAAUGAUUAAAGAUCCUAGGAUCCUUCUUCUUGAUGAGGCCACCAGUGCUCUUGAUGCUGAGUCCGAGUCUCUGGUGCAACAGGCAAUUGACAAGAUUUCAGUUGGCAGAACAACCAUCGUUAUUGCUCAUAGGCUAGCAACAGUAAGAAAUGCCCAAACAAUUGUUGUUAUGGAUCAGGGUUCUAUUGUUGAGAUCGGGGAUCAUCAUCAGCUCAUGGAAAAAGAAGGAGCUUACUUUAAUCUCACUAAACUUGCUUCUGAUGCAUUAUCCAACUCUGCAUCGAAAAGCACUGAUGCUCACGCUGGUACAGAUUUCUCUAUGCAUGAGAAGUCAGUACAAGAUUCAUCAAGAUCGAAGCAAGUCCAUGAAAUUUCGAGGUCACAAUAUAUGAAGUCUACACAAGAUGCAAGCAGAGUAGAGGCAGACGAGCAAAAAGAAGGGAAGUCAAAUGAUUACAGACUCUCCGAGAUAUGGAGCCUGCAGAGACCAGAGUUUAGCCUCUUGAUGGUGGGACUAAUAUUUGGUAUGUUUGCUGGUGCAAUUCUCUCCGUCUUCCCAUUUAUUCUAGGCCAAGCACUACAAGUAUAUUUUGAUGAUGAUGAAGAGAAGUUAAAAAGGGAUGUUAAGUACCUCUGUUUGACACUGGUUGGGCUUGGAAUCGCGUGCAUUAUCUCCAUGACUGGCCAACAGGGUUUCUGCGGUUGGGCUGGUACUAAACUAACACAGAGAGUUAGGAAUUUACUGUUCCAAUCAAUACUAAAACAAGAACCAGGUUGGUUUGAUUUUGACGAGAACUCCACUGGGGUACUAGUUUCAAGGCUGUCAAUUGACUGCAUAAGUUUUCGCUCAGUUCUUGGUGAUCGGUUUUCAGUCUUUCUUAUGGCUGUGAGUUCAGCAGCCGUUGGUCUUAGUGUUUCAUUCGCUAUUGAAUGGAGACUGGCUAUUAUGGCAGCUCUGGUCACUCCAUUUACACUUGGAGCUAGUUACUUUAGCUUGAUCAUUAAUGUCGGUCCCAAAAUGGACAACGGUUCUUAUGCCAGAGCCAGCAACAUAGCUUCAGGUGCAGUGUCUAAUAUAAGGACAGUGGCAACAUUUUCAACACAACAACAGAUAGUUGAAUCCUUUGAUAGGGCUUUGUCUGAACCGCAGAAAAAAUCAGUUAAAAGGUCACAAAUACUUGGAGUAGCCUUGGGGUUUUCUCAAGGUGCGAUGUAUGCAGCUUACACUCUGACCCUCUGGUUUGGUGCUUAUUUAGUCGACAAAAAUCAUGCUAAUUUUGGAGAAGUGUAUAAAAUUUUCUUAAUACUUGUUCUUAGCUCAUUUUCCGUGGGGCAACUGGCUGGACUUGCUCCAGACACUUCCAUGGCCUCGACUGCAAUUCCUGGGGUAACCAGUGUCAUCAACCGCAUGCCAUUGAUACGUAAUGACCGCAGAAAGGUUAAGAGGAUUGAAACCUCAAAGCCAUUUGAUGUUGAAUUCAAGAUGGUUACAUUUGCAUAUCCAUCAAGACCUGAAGUAAUUGUAUUGAGAAACUUCAACCUUAAGGUCAAAGGUGGAAGCAUGGUGGCCUUGGUUGGAAGCAGUGGAUCAGGAAAAUCAACCGUAAUAUGGAUGGUACAGAGGUUUUAUGAUCCACUUCAAGGUAAAGUAUUAAUGGGAGGGUCAGAUAUCAGAGAACUUAAUUUAAAGUGGUUGAGAAAGCAAACAGCUUUGGUGGGUCAAGAGCCUGCAUUGUUUGCUGGAACCAUCCGUGAUAAUAUUGCAUUCGGAAACCCUAAUGCUUCAUGGGCUGAGAUCGAAGAAGCUGCAAAGGAAGCUUAUAUCCACAAGUUCAUAUGUGGCCUCCCUCAAAGUUAUGAAACUGAGGUUGGCGAGAGUGGUGUACAGCUUUCGGGUGGUCAAAAACAAAGGCUUGCAAUAGCAAGGGCAAUUUUAAAGAAAUCAAAGGUGUUGCUACUCGAUGAGGCUAGCAGCGCCCUGGACUUGGAAUCAGAGAAGCACGUCCAAGAAGCACUAAAGAAGGUAUCCGAGAGAGCUACUACCAUUGUGGUUGCUCACCGCCUCACUACCAUCAGGAAGGCUGAUGCCAUUGCUGUUGUUAGGGAAGGUUCGGUGACAGAAUUUGGAAGUCAUGACAAACUCAUGGCUUCUCAUCUGAAUGGUAUAUACGCUAGCCUUGUUCGUGCAGAAACAGAAGCUAAUGUAUUUGCGUGACAUAUAUGUAAUCUUAACUUAGAAAUUCUGCAGUUAACAUCUGCUUUCUGAAUACAGUCUUGUAAGAAAUUUCUUGAUGAGGGGUCCGGUUUUGUUUCAA